GUUUUUCGCCGAGUUACCAAACACUACUUGCUAUUGUAGUUAUGAAUUAGCAUCAACUCACAUCUAAAUCAUUGUUGGUGGGACUUUCUAUACAAACAAAAAAUGUACUACAUAAAGUCAGGUUGCAUUAAUUUCUAUUGAGCCCAUCUGCUUGAUCAUGGUCAUAACUCAUACGCUAUCAUCAUAUCAGCUGUUGCAGCUAACCAAGCUUCCUCUCCCUCUUUCUCUUUUUUCUGCGCAAGUGUGUUUAUGUGAGUGAGAAAAACACAGAGACGUAAAAGAAAAUGUCGACGCAGGAAACAAUAUAUGAGGAAAGCAAAGUUAAAACAGAGAAAAUUCUAGAAUCAAAAUCUCAAAAUGAAGAAGAAAUUUGCGGGCAGAUUAAUGGGAAGGAAAACCCUGUGGAACAACAUAAACUCUCCCUCAUGAGAAUCUCUGUUGAACAACGAGAUCCCUCUGCUAAGGAGGCAGAUGACUUCUUGUUGAGGAGAUUUUUAAGAGCUCGUGACCUAGAUGUGGAGAAAGCAGCUGGGAUGUUCUUGAAGUAUCUCAAAUGGAGGAGGACAUUUGUACCCAAUGGUUUCAUCUCAGAGGCAGAGAUACAGUAUGAUCUAUCCCACAACAAAAUGUUUCUUGGAGGCUUCGAUAAGCAAGGACGCCCAAUCAACAUUGUCUUUGGAGCUCGACAUUUCCAAAACCCCAAACAAGGGGGUCCUGAUGAGUUCAAGCGAUUUUGUGUCUAUUCUCUUGACAAGAUAUGCUCAAGCAAUGUAUCUGAUAAAUUAAGCAGGAUACCUGCUGGACAGGAACAGUAUCUGGGUAUUGCAGAUCUUCAAGGAUGGGGAUAUGCUAACGUUGACAUUCGUGCAUAUACCGGUGUUCUAUCUCUACUGCAGGACUGUUACCCAGAAAGAUUAGGGAAGAUGUUGAUAAUACACGCCCCGAGAAUCUUUAUGGCAGUGUGGAAGAUUAUCUAUCCCUUUAUAGAUGAAAAAACUAAGACUAAGAUGAUAUUUGUGGAGAAUCGGCACCUGAAAUCAACCUUGCUAGAACACAUUGAUGAGAGCCAGCUCCCAGAUAUAUAUGGAGGCAAAAUGCCGUUAGUACCUAUUCAAGAAGCCUGGGCAUUGCGUCUGUAUGAGGAUAUUCAUCAUACAGCUGCAAGAAUGGCUCAUUAUCCAGCAAAAAGACAGGGGUGGAGGAGCAUAACUAGUACAUACACAAAGAGGAGAGAGAAAGUGAAAAUGGAAGAAAGUGGUCAAUCGAGUAAUGGCAUAAGCAAGGAUAAUCCUACUGAGCAACAUAAACUCUCUCUCCUCAGAUCCUUUGUUCAAAGUCGUGAUCCCUCUUCUAAGGAAGUAGAUGACUUGACGUUGCGAAGAUUCUUAAGAGCACGUGAUCAAAAUGUGGACAAGGCUGGUGCCAUGUUCUUGAAGUAUCAGAAAUGGAGGAAGAAUUUCUUACCAAAAGGUCUUGUCACAGAGGCAGAGAUACAGCAUGACCUUUCCCAAAACAAAAUUUUUAUAGGAGGCGAAGACAAGAAAAAACGACCUAUUGUGGUUGCAUAUGCAGGUCGGCACUACCAAAAUACGAAAUCAGGAGGUGUCGAUGAGUUCAAGCGUCUGGUUGUGUACACACUUGAGAAGUUAUGCUCAAGGAUGCCUGUUGGACAGGAGAAGUUUCUAGCUAUAGGAGAUCUUCAAGGGUGGGGAUAUUCCAACAGCGACAUGCGAGCAUAUCUUGGAUCUGUCUCUAUUCUGCAGGACUGCUACCCAGAAAGAUUAGGGAAGCUGUUCAUAGUGCAUGCACCAAAAAUGUUUAUGGCAGUUUGGAAGAUGGUCUACCCCUUCAUUGACGACAACACUAAGAGCAAAAUAGAAUUUGUAGAGAAACAACAGUUGAAAUCAGCCUUGCUAGAAGAGAUUGAUGAGAACCAACUCCCGGACGUAUAUGGAGGCAAAUUGCCACUAGUGCCAAUUCAAGAGGCCUGAAGAUACUUUAGGAGCCAGAACCUUCAAGAGGAUUCAGUGUGAUUCUAGCAACAUGAAAACUCAUGUUCACCAUCUUGAACAAGUGUGAAAUCUCUGGACUUGCAGGCAAAAAUCGCAGAUGCUCAUUGUAUCUGUUAUUGAAUUAUGACAGCAAUAUUAUUACCUGCAUGCCAUGCUCAUAAUGUUAACAUCUCAAGAAAGGAAUUUGCGUUAUUAAUUCUAAACAGAGAUGGCAUUUUUUAA